UCGCUGACGCUCCUACACACCGGAAACAGCGAAGAAGGGGGAAAAAAAAAAGAUAGCGGGCCGGCUACCAACAAAGAGUUCUUUCCGUAAACAUUCUUUUUUACUUUCGUUGCCUGAAAAUUGAAGCCAUUUUGACGUCGCAAUAAUGCCGGGGACAGCCAACAUAAUCGCGAUGAAGAAAAUUGUCCAACAGUUGCGUCUCGAAGCUGGCAUCAACAGAGUUAAGGUCUCCCAGGCCGCAGCGGACCUCCAGCAGUUUUGCCUUCAGAACGCCCAGCAGGACCCCCUGCUCAACGGCAUGUCGUCCAGCAACAACCCGUUCAGACCGCAUAGAGCCUGCUCUUUCCUAUAGCACCGACAGGCCGAGCCCCGCCACUGUUUUGGAAGAUGUGAUGCGUUGUCACAUCGAUCAGCAGGAUCCUCCUUCAUGGACUGGAAUCGUCUCAGGAGUGUUUAAGGAAAUUUGGGCCAGACAACUAACAUAAGCUUGCUUUGUUUAGUUUUUUUUUUUUAACAAAAACUUGUACCAUUUUGUAAAAUCUCCUGCAGACUUUUUGUCUAGUGCAACAUUCACAUCUUAACCUUUUUGCUUAGAACUAACCUGUAAGAACACGUGUGCCUUGUGAAAUGUUCAUUUUUUCAUAACUAAAUAAAUGUUUCCACAUUUUA